UCAUAUCCUUAAACCCCUAGUCUCGCCAUCGCCGGGAACAACAAUAAUCUCAAUGGCGAAAACUCUAUCCCGAUCCACCGCCUCACGCGUUGCUAGUCGUUUCUUUUCCACCUCUAAUGCCGCCGCUUCUCAUUCCACGCUUCCAUCUCACCUCCUAUCCCGUAGAACCUCACCGACGCUUUUCCACGCCAUCGGUUACAUCCCCGCUCUGACCCGUUUCACAACGAUCCGGACCCGGAUGGAUAGGUCCGGUGGCUCGUAUUCGCCGCUCAAAUCCGGAUCCAAUUUCAGUGAUCGACCACCCACUGAAAUGGCGCCGCUAUUUCCUGGUUGCGAUUACGAGCAUUGGCUGAUCGUCAUGGAAAAGCCCGGCGGCGAAAACGCGCAGAAACAGCAAAUGAUUGAUUGCUAUGUUCAAACCCUAGCCAAAAUUGUCGGCAGUGAGGAAGAAGCUAAGAAGAAGAUCUACAAUGUUUCGUGUGAGAGGUACUUUGGAUUUGGUUGUCAGAUCGAUGAGGAAACAUCAAACAAACUUGAAGGACUUCCUGGUGUUAUGUUCGUGCUUCCGGACUCCUAUGUUGAUCCAGAGAACAAAGAUUACGGAGCUGAGUUGUUUGAGAACGGAGAAGUAGUUCCGCGUCCACCAGAGAGACAGAGGAGAAUAGUGGAGUUAACAACUCAAAGAGGAUCAGACAAACCAAAGUAUCAUGACAGAACCAGAAAUGUCCGACGGAGGGAGAACAUGCGUUGACUGAGACUCUACGCUAGAGCUUUUGAGCUCAGAUGCUCUUCUUUUUUCUUUGUUCUUUUAAUUUGCUCGACUCUUAACGAAUAAUGUAUAUGAUGGUGUUUUUUGGUGAUAGCGAAUGUAUCAGUUGUUUCUGGGACUGUGACUGUUAUUAUCCAAAUAAAUCUUCUUUUAGUUUGUCA